CUGCCUUACGAUGGCAUGUCCUUGCUGUCUGGUCACUCUUAUGGAGAUAUCAAUCGUUGGGAUGCGACCGAACGUCGAGUACUGAAUAAGAUUGCCAGCCUGGGUCAGCCUGUCACGAACAUCGAAAUGCUCAAGCCAGGUGAUUUCCCGAAACUAGGAGAGGUGGGCGUACACGCUGCCGAAUGUCGUCAAGCCAAAUGUCGAGUUCCCCUCUUCUACCAACAAUUGCACUUGA